GGUCCCCGGUUAUUUAUGGAAUUUUUCAUAAGAGGAAGAAGAAUCUGGGAGAUUAUUAGAUUCCAAACCGUGAUCCCAAAACCUUCCCCUUGUUCCUCCUUUUUAAUUUUUAUCUUUCUUUUAUUUACCUUUCUACCAUUCCCAAUCAUCAUCUUCUUCCUCGAUCUACUUAGCUAACCCUAGCCCCCAAUUGAAGAUUUUGGGUUUCUUAAUUUGGUGGAGAUUUUUUCGCGAUGCAUCGCAGUGCCGCGAUGCCGCCGAUUUCAUCAAUGGAUGAGUCAUUCUCUCCUCCUCCAUCCUCCGGCGACUUACCUGAAAUCCCAGAUGCUUGGUACGGUAACAUUCAGUAUCUGCUUAAUAUCUCGGUCAUUGGCCUCUUAUGUUGCGUCUCCAUCUUCCUUUUCGUUAAGCUUCGUAGCGAUCACCGUCGUAUGCCUGGUCCUUCUGCUCUUUUUUCUAAACUCCUCGCCGUUUGGAAAGCCACGUGUCGCGAGAUUGCUAGGCACUGUGGUGCUGAUGCUGCUCAGUUUCUUUUGAUCGAAGGUGGGAGCUUUGUGCUUCUUUUCUCUAUUGCUGUUUUGGCUGUUUCCGUUAUGCUUCCGUUGAAUCUUUAUGCUGGGACUGCUUUGCUUAGUGAUGAGCUUUCGAAAACGAUGAUUACUCAUAUUAAGAAAGGUUCGGGUCUGCUUUGGCUGCAUUUUGUGUUUGUUGUGGUUGUUGUUGUUAUCUCGCAUUUUGGAAUCUCUGCCAUUGAAGCUAGGUUGAAGUUUACUAGGUUUAGAGACGGGAAUGGGAAUAUCAGCGACCCCAAUGCGAAUUCCACGGCUGUGUUUACUGUAAUGGUUCAGGGUUUGCCUAAGAAUUUAGGGUCUGAUAGAGUUGAGUUUGAAGAGUGUUUUAGGCUUAAGUACCCGGGCAAAGUUUAUAAGAUUAUUGUUCCCAUGGAUUUGUGUGCAUUGGAUGAUCUUGCUACAGAGUUGGUUCGUGUUCGAGAUGAGAUUACUUGGUUAGUUGCCAAGAUGGACUCUAGGCUUCUUCCGGAUGAGUUUGAGAACGCUGGAGAUAACGGACUACUGUCUUGUGUUUUUGCUUUGUGGACUAAGGUAAAGGAUUUGUGGUCUCAGACUACAGAGAGGUUUGGUUUUACAGAUGAUGAAAAACUAAGGAAGAUGCAAGAGUUAAGAGCUGAUCUGGAGUCUCAGUUAGCAGCUUAUAAAGAAGGACGAGCACAAGGUGCUGGGGUUGCUUUUGUGAUGUUUAAAGAUGUGUACACAGCUAAUAAGGCUGUUCAGGAUUUUCGAAACGAGAGAUCAAGGCGUACUGGAAAGUUCUUCUCUGUCACUGAGCUUCGGUUACAGAGAAACCAGUGGAAAGUGGACAGAGCACCCUUGGCUACUGAUAUCUAUUGGAAUCAUCUGGGACUGACAAAAGUUGCUCUUAUCGUGCGGAGAGUGAUUGUUAAUACUAUUCUACUGUUGAUUCUUGUGUUUUUCAGCUCCCCGUUGGCCUUGAUCAGUGCCUUGGUAAGUGCUGGCCGAAUCUUCAAUGCUGAAGCAUUGGACAGUGCUCAGUCUUGGCUCAAUUGGGUGCAAACUUCUGGAUGGAUCGGAUCUCUGAUUUUUCAAUUCAUGCCCAACGUCUUCAUAUUUGUUAGUAUGUACAUUGUGAUCCCAUCUGCUCUUUCGUAUCUUUCUAAGUUUGAGCGGCACCUAACAGUUUCUGGGGAACAAAGAGCAGCUCUCUUGAAGAUGGUUUGCUUCUUCCUUGUGAACCUUAUCGUUCUCAAGGCUCUUGUCGAAUCGUCGCUGGAAAGCGCGCUCUUGAAAAUGAGCCGUUGCUAUUUAGAUGGUGAGGAUUGCAAGAGGAUUGAAGAAUACAUGAGCCCUUCCUUCUUAUCAAGGUCGUGCGUUUCUGCUCUAGCUUUCCUCAUCACAAGCACGUUCUUAGGAAUCUCCUUUGAUCUACUUGCUCCAAUCCCGUGGAUCAAGAAGAAAAUCCAAAAGUUCAGGAAGAACGACAUGCUUCAGCUUGUUCCCGAGCAAAACGAAGAGUAUGCUUUGGAAAAUCAAGAGCCAAGCAGCAACCUUGAGACACCACUUCUCCCUGAAAACAUGUUUGAGUCUCCAAGAUUCGGUGACAUCGAACCGAUGAGCCAAGACCUAUCUGACUACCCAAUCAGCCGGACCUCACCAAUCCCUAAACAAAAAUUCGACUUUGCACAAUACUACGCCUUCAAUCUCACCAUAUUUGCCUUAACAAUGAUAUACUCUUCCUUCGCUCCACUCGUGGUCCCUGUAGGCGCGGUUUACUUUGGUUACAGAUACAUAGUCGACAAAUACAACUUCCUCUACGUGUACAGAGUGCGGGGAUUCCCAGCAGGGAAUGAAGGAAAGCUAAUGGACACGGUAUUGUGCAUCAUGCGGUUCUGUGUGGACCUGUACCUCGUCUCAAUGCUGCUCUUCUUCUCAGUAAAAGGAGAUUCCACAAAGCUUCAAGCCAUAUUCACACUUGGGGUGCUCGUGAUGUACAAGCUUUUACCUUCGGAUACAGAUCGUUACCACCCAGCUCUCCUCCGGAGUAUUCAAACCUUGGAUAACAUCGUGGACGGACCUGUAGAUUACGAAUCAUAUUCUCACCCAAACUUCGAUUGGGACACUUACAACAACAACAGAUGAUUGAUUCUACAACAACAAAUCCAGGACCAACUUUAAUAGUUUUAUUUUUGUAUAUCCAUCCUUCCUUGUGUGUAUAUCCCAUCUUUUGUGCAUCAUUAUUUUUUUUGUUCGCGGGAUUUAUCAGUCGGAUCCCUUUAAUAAUAAUAAAAAUUAUUAAA